AUGUUCCGCGUGCCCUCGUCCACACCACCCUCGACCCCCGGCCGCUCGUCGCGAUUCCGCGGGCCCACGACGACGCCCGCAGGCCCGCCGCCGCCCGACGACUUGCUCGGCGACUACGAGCCCACGUCGACCCCAGCCGGCCCGCCCCCGAUGAACAGCCUCUUCGGCGAGUCGCAGCAGCCCAGCUUUGCGCGCCCGGCCAGCUACGGCUUGGACGAGUCGUCCUACAAUGGUAGCUUCCCAGAGCGCUCUCCGCCGCGACACGGCCUGUUUGAAGGAACUGGCUCAGGACAUAUAGGUGCCACCACGUUCGGCAGGCCUGGCUCCGGCCACCGCAGCCGCCCCAACAGCCGCCCCACCAGCGGCGCCUUUGCCAACAGCUUCCGCAUCCCCAGCAGCCCGCCGCAUCAGCUGACCAGAGGCGCGGACGAGGCGGCCGACGACGACAUGGACGACAACAACGACAACUACGAGGAAGGAGAAGAGGACGACGAAAUGGACGACGACAUGGACGACGACAACGACGACGACGACGACGACUACGACGAAGACCGGCAGCUCGCGGCCUGGCCGAGGCCGAAGACGAACAGCCGCCUGUCGCAGUCUGUCAUCUCGCGCGCGAGCACAAACGACGUCGACCCAGGGCCAACCUUGGUGCAUGCAGGCCGGAAGCAGACGCACUUCGACCUCGUCGGCCUGGCCAAGGGCCUCGCACCCAACGUCGAGCCCGCAGCCCUGCAAGACCCAGACCACGCGAUACUGGACACAGAGCGCGUGCUGGAGAAGGUCAACGACUCGCUCAACUCGGACACGGCAGAGACGAGAGCCGCUGUGCUCGGGGACGCCGCCCGAGACCUGCUGUCUCUGUGGCAGGCUGCGUCGCGGAGCGCUUCCAAGGCCAGCUUGUCGUCGAGCCGCUCUGGAGGCGCAGCCGGACUCGCAAACGCCAGCCGUCUGGCCAGUCUCGUGCUCACCAUCCACCACCCUCCGCCUGUGGGCCACGGCCAGCAAUCGACCGCGCUGUCACUUGUUUCCCGGCGCGAAGCACCGCAGUACACAGCCGUACCGAAGCUGCUGCUCGACUGGCUGAACCACACAUACUCCGGCGUCUCUGAAGUCGAGCUGGUUCUGAAGGAGGUGCGCGGCUACUCGAGACACCACUCGUUCUGGGAAGCCGUGCAUGCUUCUGCAGUCCGCGGCAACUUCAGCCAGACAGUGCAGCUGCUUCUGGGCGCCAACCUAGAGGUCGCCGAGUCCGCGCAGACGGACGGCCUGGGCGAGACGGGCUACACAGGGGCAAACUUACGAUAUGCCAACGAAGCUGUUCGCUCCGCAGUGGACCUCCUUCGCGAAUGCCCGGCUGUUGUGUCGGAUGACUGGGACAUCAAGGGCCAAGACUGGACCAUUUUUCGAUCACGCGUGCAUCAGGUGUACAUGAAUCUGCAGGAGUUUGCAGAAGGCAACAGCGUGAGCCGACAAGGAAUCGCUGAUCACUUUCAAGCACCCCACUUCAACAUUACACAGUCGCAAGCCACCUUUCGGCUGAGCGUCGCGAGUCGGAGAGCAGAGAGCAGGGUGCCGUGGACCGUGUACGAGGAACUGCGCAGGCUGUACCAGCUUCUUCUCGGCAACGAGGAGGAGAUCCUCAACAUGUCAGCGGACUGGAUUGAAGCUGCCCUGGGUCUGGCUAUCUGGUGGAACGGCGAAGAGGAUGAUAUCGCUCCAGGCAGCUUUGCGGCCAGCCGCCGGUCACUGAUGCGCUCCCAGCGUGUUCGUCAAGUCGACGUCACACCGGUGACCGCCUACUGCCAGCGUCUGGCGUCUUCGUUUGCAGCCGUGGUUGAAAACAGCGACGACGAGUUCAGCGUCAACGUCACGGAUCGCUUCGAAGUCGGCGUCGCCUGCGUGCUGGACGACAACAUGGAGGGUGCGUUGUACAUCCUCCGUGGCUGGUCCCUCACCGCAGCCACCGCAGUCGCCGAGGUCGCCAACGCUGGGGGAUGGUACAAGCCAGCCGGCGGACUGCUGGGCGGCUUUGACCAGAGCGAUCUCAUGGUCCUGAGCUACAACGAACAACCACGAACCGGCGCCACGAAAGACGACCUGCAGAUCGCAUACUCCCAAGCUCUGUCGGCCAAGGGUACAUUGACCAGUCAAGACGGUCAGACGGUGAAAGAAGGCUGGGAGCUUGCCGUACAAGUGCUGUCUCGUCUUGACGACAGCAUCACAGCCUCGCAGCGCAUCGAGAACAUCAUCAACGGUUUGCCUCUCGACUCUGUCGAGCAGGUAGAUCGAAUCACUAGGCUGUGCUACGCCAUGAAUCUCAACGCGCAGGCCAUCAGCAUCGCACUCAAAUACGCCGACCACCUGCGCGCCAACACGCACAACUACGGCGACACGCUCCUCUACUACGCACGCGCACACUCGGCGCAGAAGAUUCAACAAGUCCUCCGCGUCCUUGUCGCGCACUGCCUGAUUCAAUCGAUAUCCUACCCUGCAGUCGCCGACCUCGACACCUCGCUGCGCUCUCUGAUCACAUCCCCAAAACAGACCCUCACCAAACUCGCAAACCAAGACACCGAGGCCGCGAGCAUCCUCUCCCAGCACCUCAGCGGGUACGCCACGAUCCGCAAGUUCUACGACCUGCGCGACUCCAGCCCGUCGCCAUCCGCAUCGCUGAAGCGGCAAGCCGCCGCCGCGCUGCUGGUAAUCAUCUCCUCAGCCGCAUCGUCCAUCCAAGGCGGAAUCUACGACGCGGACACGGAGACCGUCAUCGCCGUCGACGUCCUGCUGCCCCUGCUGGGCGAGAGCCUGGUCUUCCUCAACCAAGCCAAACGCGCACUCACCCUGAGACACCUGUACCAUCUCCUCGCUGCAGUCGAGGACUGGGCCACGAGCGGCGCGCUGGUGCAGGCGCAGUGCGAGGAAGUCCUGCGCACGACGCUCGCAGCCGCGCACGGCGACGCGCCGCCCAACCCGCACAGCGCGCUGCAAAAGUCCAUGUCGGGCCUGGCGGGCUCGUCGUUCUCGCUCAUCGGCAGCCAGGACUUCAGCCAGGACGGGCAGAGCGCGGAUUCGAGCGCCGUGCUGGUCAAGGGUGGCAAGGUCGAGGGUGCACGCAGGGGCUGGGAUUGGCGCGCGGGCUUCCCCAAGGGCGCAACGGGUGCCGAUCUGGUCAAGGUGCUGAGGCUCGGUGUCGCGAGGGAGAUUGCCAGGGCGUUUGCUGAGGGCGAAGUCACUGCUUAG